AUGGGGGCCAGAUUCCCUUUGAAAGAUGCAAAACGUUUAGCAGAAUGGAUUGCUGCUGUUGGUCGGACUGACUGGAAACCAACCAAGUUUUCCUUCCUGUGCAGUGCUCACUUCACCAAGGAUAGCUUUCAGGAGCGUCAGGAGGACCAGUGUCAUCGACUCAAGUUCAAUGCCGUCCCUUCCAUCUUCCACUUCUCAGAAAACCAGAGGAAAGUGGAGAGAGGGCACACACACUGCCAAGUUGCAGCCAAAUUACAGCUGGCUGCUGUCAAUCAGGAAAGGACUUUGAGUGGCUGCUUGGCCUCUGAAGCACUAAAUGCUGAACACUUAGAGUCCCAUUCUGUAAUUGUAGACAAUGAACAUGUACUGGAGACCGUUUCUGGGUUGGAAGAAAACGGUGCCGUACUCCAGUCAUCCUCAGUGACAGCUGAACCAGUUGUCUGUAUGGUUUCUGAACAGCAAUGCUGUUCAAAGUCUGAUAGCAGCCCACAACCUGCCAGUGAAAGACUGCUGAUUGAUGGCACUGUUCCGUUUCCCGAUGAUGCCGCCCCAUCUGCCUCUGGCGCAUGCAAACUAAUAAAUUCCCUCCAUUCAUACUGCUUGUCUCCGACACACAGCACCUUCCUCAAAGAUCAAGUCACGAAGAAGAACACCAAACUCAAGCUCCUGAGACAACAAAGCAGCCGAGUUGUGAAGCGAGUGAAGCGGUUGGAGGGGUUGAUCCAUAAACUUCAGGAAACUAAUUCUACUCUUGUAAGGUGCUUUCUGCCUCAGGAUCAUGUUGUUCCUCUGAAUCCAGCAAUUGAACCUCUGUCUUGGAUGUUGGGAAGCUGGAUAUCUGAGAUGCCAGGAGAAGGCUCCUAUCCAACCAUUAAACCUUUCAAGUACAUGGAGGAAGUCCAGAUCACGCAUGUUGGUCAACCCAUGCUGAAUAUCUCGAACCACAACCUGAACUCACAAUUCUAUGAUUAUAUAACUUUGCACUUCACUUUACAAAGGUACAUCAUUGGUGACAAGCGCUUUGAGUCAAUCUAA